GGCGAUAGCAGACCUUGACUUUUGCAGGGCUUAGACUUGCAGCAUAAUAGCAUUCAAGAGUCCUCCGGCGCACGAGAACUUGUUGCACUGCCUCCAACGCACAAAAUAUAAGCCUCGCCUGUACGCAGACUCUGGAAGCAGCACUUCGCCUCCUGAUCUGCGGAGCGAACACCGUAUGAUACCACCACCGCCAUGGCAGACGAGCAUACGUUCAAUAAGUCUUACCAGCGCGACCGAGACGGCUCCUCCACCGUCACCGCAAUCACCCUAUGCGGCACUCCUACAACCUCAGAUCCGCACUCCGUCCUACACUGGCAAAUCCUUCUCUCUCUUUCCAACGGAUUCUGCGUCCUCCUCAACAUGACCCCCGGCGCCGGCCCCGACGGCAUGACGGGCACGUUCGUCAUCGCAAGCACGAGCAAAGACGCGCUCUCGGACCCUGCGAUCGAGUUCCGCUUUGAAUGUGCUGCUGUUGAGUCUUUUACGAUGGAAGAGGUCAUCUCUUUCUUGCGCGAGAAGGGCAUGAGCCGCUUCCGGUUCGACGAGACCGGAAGUGGCUGUCGGCACUGGUGUGGCACGGUCCUAGAGCGCCUCGCUGAUGUGGGGGUGGUCGAUUCCGAGACUAGAGAUGCAUUUGAGGUAUGCGUCGCGGAUCAAAGAGUUUACAACGCAGAUCGUUAUCCGCUCUUGCGAAGGGGCACUUUCUACUGAAGAGGUAGCAACAGCGAUGGCCGAAACGAAAGUUGGAUGGGACGAAUAAUAUGCCGAGCUCAUCUGUUAUGCUGUUCACAAGAUGCAUCAUGUGUGAAGCUGGAUGGGUGCAUCCUGCUGUGCAUUUUCGACUACGCACCCCAACAGCUGUUCUUCCAUCCCUUACUCAGGAUCAGAAUCUUAAUGCGUUAAAGGCUAGUUUCGAGCAUGCAGCCCGAUAGUUCUGGGAGGCUUGAAAGCGUGUAAUGAUAGUAUUCGGUAG